AGUAAAAAUCGUCUUCUUGUCCACAGCCACAGGUGUGAGCCCUAGUCCGCCUCUGCUGCCGCUAUCUUCCGGUCAGUCAGCAAUCGAGGCCAUACCCUUUAAGCAAAAAAAUGGCGAAGCGCGAACUCUCGAACACCCUAAAAAACUUAAAGUUUAUGCAAAGGGCUGCUCCUAGGGAGGAAAAGAUCAAUGAACAAAAGGAGAAUCCGGAGCCAAUUCGAAACGUUUUUGACACGGCCAACGCUGCCUCCCCCGCCCGAAGAAGAUGCAUAGUGAUAGUUGAAGGGGAUCCUCACCCCGGAGCAUUAAGAGGCCGAAUGUCAUUUCAGAGCUUUAAUCCGUCAAUUGAUAAAUUGAAUGAAGAGGCUACGACCAUCCAUCAAAGCCCAGCAUCUAAUACGUCUAAUGGAAAUGAUAAUAUUUCUUACAGGUGGGCCUUUGUUUUAAAAUUUUGAAUUUGCUGAAUAAUUAUAUUAUUAA